AAAUCGUACUUUUGAGAAUGGGUAAGAGAAAAGAGCGCCGGCAAGCCGCCAUGAACGCCGUCGGUCGCAGGGUAAAGCUCGAUCUCUUCGCGGAGCCCUCUGGAGAUUUGGUUGGCUCUUCUCAAGAUGGUGUCAGAGGGGAGAUAGAUUCCAAUAAUCAUGCCGAAUUACCCAAUUCACCAUCAUCUUCAGGUUGGUUUUGUCAGUUUUCUUCGAAAGGACAUCUUUGUAGAGAAGACAUGAUGUGACAGCCUUAUAUUGGGGGAAAUUAUGUCUUUUGUUUGUACACACAUGUUGGUUCUUGAAAAGGUUAUGUUUUCAGUCUAUAACCAGGCUGUGGUAUUGGGAACAUUCGGCCAUCAGUAUACGUCCAAGUGCCCUGCCACAGCGAAUAUUGAAUAACUUCUUACCUUUCAUGUCGUAUGGCGGCACCAAAUGCUUGUGGGAGAUUAAAUGAAGAGUAUUAUCUCCUCUCGGUCAUCAACUAGAGAACCCUCUUAUGUUGCUAGAGCAGUAUAGUGACGAUGAAUUGGUUGUCCAUGAUGAACAGGGAAAAGUAUCUUUUAGAGAAGAAAAGAAAGAUGGCAAGGGUUUUAUCAGUUCUGCACCUUUGAAGGAUAAAGAUGAAGAAAAAGACUCUGCUUCUGAGAUUAUUCUGCAGAUAGCAGAGAAGUGUGGACAUAAAGAAAGCGAUGUGGUUUACCCUUUCGAAAGUUUAAAAGAAAAUGAUGAAACGAGUGAAAGUACUACACUAGAUGGUGUGAUUUCAGGAUGGAAAGUUCUUUUGCAUGAAGAGAGCAAUCAAUACUAUUAUUGGAAUGUUUCAACAGGUGAAACAUCCUGGGAAGUGCCCAGUAUUUUGAUUCCAACGUUUGAUAUCGGGAAUGAUGAGAAAGCUACAUAUGCUAUUGAUGUGGAUAAUGCCAAUUUUAAAACAUCUGAAUAUCAUGCAAAUGGGAACAUACAACUGAAAGAUUAUAACCCUGGAGAGACAUGUGAUGGCUCUAAUGAUAUGCAUGAGUACAAAAUGGUUAACAAAGAAUACAAUUUUAAAGCUCUUCAUGGGAAAGGAGUUGAUGGUGAUGCUGACCUGAAGGACAUGAAAAAUAUGGCUGGACAACUUGAAUCUAAUAUAGGCAUUUCAUUUCUUGCCAGUGAUUCUAUCAAGCAUGCAGGGGAUUCUUUGUCAAAUCAUUUAAGUAAAUCAGGUGAAGAUGCUGAGAAGCUUGGAGAUGUGCCAAGUGCUGAAGAAAUUGAGGUUCAGGCAGACUUCUCCUCCAACCUUGUGGAGCAAUGUAAAUCUUUAUUGCAUAAAUUGAAGGCAAUGCAAUGGUCCCAAAAAUGUGUGCAAGGACACGAUCUAAUAUCAAAAUACAUGGUAGAAGUUGAAACCAGACUUGCUGAUAUUAUGUCUUUAGCAUGUAAUGGAUUUUCCUUGCUUCCCUUUUGGGUGCACUCAGAAAAACAGCUCAAACUGCUAGAAGCCGCCAUAGAUGAAAUUCCUCUGCUGUCUAAUUCCCUACAGAGCUGUGAUGCUGAUGAUUUACAUACUUCUCACCAUGAGACUACUGAUGAAGCCAAAGUGCAUGCAAAUGAGAACAUUGCCAUCCACCAUUCCUGUAGGGAAGUAUACGCUGCUGAUUAUGCUGGAAGUCUAGAGAGCAGAAAAAAUGCCUAUGCUGAAGCUUUGAAUGGUGUUGCCACUAACAAUUCUGGGAGAAAUGCCUUAGAAGAAGGUGAAGUUGUUGAACAUGCAGCACAUGAAGAAUUGUCUCCUGAAACAGUGCAUCUUGGGGAAGAAGACAUGGAAUUGGAUAUGGAAGUUGAAGAUGUUCCUCUUGAUUCAUCAAUUGUGGACGCAUCAUUUGGCCAUAAUCGUAUAGACCAUGGGAGAGAUAUGGUGCAAGCCUUGCCAUCAAAUGAAGGACCAUCUUUUCUGGAUCAUGCAUCUAGUGUUCCACCCCCUCCACCUGAUGAAGACUGGGUUCCCCCUCCUCCUCCCCCUGACGAUGAGCCAUUUCCUCCCCCACCACCUGAUGAGCCACCUGAAGCAGCAUAUUCUCAGUCUUCUGAUUUGCAGUCUGUGCAGCCUUUUCCUUGCACUGAAUCUUAUCCAGUUUCUGGCUAUGGAUUUUAUGGCCAAAUGGACAACAUACCUUCAACUAGUAACUUAUACUCGCAUGCUGAGGGUCAGGUAGCUGUUUCACAUCAGCAUCUGUAUUAUGAGGCGGUAUCAAAUGCAUACCGUUCUGAUCCAAUGGAAGCUAACACUGUUGAUCCUCAUGCAUAUUAUGGUUUUCAAGGGGGGUCAGAGCAGCACGUGGCUGUUGCUGUGACUGCAGAUUCAUCAGUGCAUCCCAGUGCAUCUAUUAAUGAAGCUCUUUCAGAUCCAACUGCAUCAUUUAGCACUAAUAUUCAAGUUAGCUCUGUUUUUUCUAUACAAAACAAGUGUGAUGGUGUUGUUGAUGUUACACCUCUUGGGAUAUCAUUAAAUUUCCCUGCGGCUCAGGCAACCUUUGAAAAGUCAAACACUGUCAUUGCAUCAGAAAAUCGAUUGGCCUCAUCAACUUGUUCUAUCACUGCACCUGCUACUUCUGUGGCUUCAGCUUCUAAUGUCCCACCUAAAGUUUCUCGCAACAAAAAGCGAACUGUUUCCAUAGGCUCAACUUUAAGGUUAAAUAAGAAAGUCUCUAAUUUGGUUGACAAGUGGAAGGCUGCCAAAGAGGAGCUGGAUGAAGUAGAAGAGGAACCUGCCAGUGCAUAUGAAAUAUUAGAAAAGAAAAGAAACCGGGAAAUAGAGGAAUGGCGUGCAAAGCUAAUUGCCAGUGGGGAAGCAAAGGAUAAUGCUAACUUUCAGCCACUGGGUGGUGAUUGGCGAGAGCGUGUAAAACAAAAAAGAGCUGAAAAGUUGAAAGAGGCUGAACCAAGGGAUACUGCUACUGAUGGUGCUGGAGAAAGUCAUCAGCUUGAUCUUAAUGCACUAUCAAUAGGUCUUCCAUCUGGAUGGCAGGUAAGUUUCUGCUUACUGGCUCUUAGGCAUCAUCUGAGUGGUUUUAUUAUUUAUUUUACUGUAUUAUUGCUUUGGAUAUCUAGGACCAGUGAAGUUAGGGUAGACUUUGGGGCUUUAGUGGUAGCUUUUUUGCUCGUGUGUGUGCUUUCUGUGCUUAAAGUCUAAUAGCUAGUGUCGGUUUGUGAGCGCUUUCAUGGCCUUCAGUUUUCUCUUUGCUACUAUGUUCGCGCUUUUGUGUCUACUUUGUUGGUUUACUUUGACCGUGUUUGAGUUGUGGGUCUCUUGGAAACAACCUCUCCACUUUCGAAUAGGGGUAAGGCUUGCCCUGCGUACACACACCCUUCCCACCCUUCCCAGAUCCUACUUUUUGUGGGAUAUUAUUGGGUUUGUGGUAUCAUUGCUCUUUUUCAUAUUUCAGGUUUACUUUGACGAGUCCUCAAAACAGGCGUAUUAUGGAAAUAUUACAACAUUGGAAACAACCUGGAGUAGACCAACAAACUGAGCGUCUCUAAUGCCAAUUUUGGUUUAGUUGAAUAAGUUUUAUGUCCUGUACAUAGCAGAUGAAGAAUGCAUAACCCCAAAGUUUGAUUAUAUCCUUGCACGCUCUUACAUUAUUGUCUUCCAAAUUCCAUUGUCUAAUAUGAAGUAACAAGUCAUAGUUUAGGUUUCUGUAAGCUUUUGUAUAGAAAAUUCUGCUCAUCCUCUUGGCCAU